AUGUCGUCCAAAAUUACUCGAGAUAUGUUGCUUGAAACGUCACAAAACGUUUUAACCUACUCCAAAGAUACGAAAAAACGUAACUUUGUUGAAACAGUCGAAUUACAAAUUGUUUUGAAGAACUUCGAUCCAUCACGUGAUAAACGUUUCAGUGGCACCGUUCGUCUUCGUAAUGCUCCUAAACCAAAAUUCACCGUUUGUGUUUUGGGUGAUGAAAGUCACUGUGACGAAGCUCGUGCUAACAACAUCCCAGCAAUGACUGUCGAUGAUUUGAAGAAAUUAAACAAGGAUAAGAAAUUAGUGCGAAAAUUAUCACAACAAUAUGAUGCCUUCUUAGCGUCCGAUGUUGUCAUUCGACAAAUUCCACGUAUUCUUGGACCCGGUUUGAAUAAGGCAGGUAAAUUUCCAACAGCUAUCACUCAUAGCGAUUCAUUAGUACAAAAGGUCGAAGAAAUUAAAUCAACGAUUAAAUUUCAAGCCAAGAAAACCAUUUGUCUAGCAGUCGCUGUUGGUAAUGUCAACAUGACUACUGACGAAUUAGCUGCCAACAUCAAUUUAUCAGUCAACUUUCUUGUUUCGUUAUUGAAAAAGAAUUGGCAAAAUGUUCGCGCACUCUAUGUGAAAUCAACCAUGGGUAAACCACAACGUCUCUAUUAG